UCUCUGAACCUUCUAAAUGACCAGAUCGCCCACUUCAUGGUGAACGGGCCCAAGGCGUUGGCGGAGGAGGACUGUGCCUUUCUGCCCAGCGAGAGGGAGACCCUGCGCGCAUCCAUGGCCCUGAUGAGACACCUGCUCAUGGAUGCUCAGGCCAAAAUCCUGAAAAUGAUGGAUGACAACAAGCAGCUGGCUCAGAGGAUCGACGUGGCCAUCCAGUCGGCCAGCCAGGAGGUGACCAACCUGCGAUCGGAGCUGACGGCCAACAGCAGCAGACUGGCCGAGCUGGGGGCUGGCGACCGGGAACGUGACCCCCUCAUGGAGAACCACGACCCUCAGCACAACCACCAUCACGAUCCCUCUGUACACCAGAGGCAGAAGCCGCCAGCCACCGAUCUCUACUACAAGAGUGACAUCAGCAGCCUCAUGGAGUUCAGCACCCCAGACUCCUCUCUGGACAAAGUGUUGCUUCGGGGGGAGGUGGCCCAGCUCCAGGAGGAGGUGCACCUGCUGAGGCAGAUGAAGGAUAUGUUGAGUAAGGACCUGGAGGAGGGCCAAGGAGGCUGCUCUGCUGACGUGCUCUCGGCCACCCAACUCCGCAUGCAGCUGGCCCAGAAGGAGCAGGAGCUGGACCGUGCCAAGGAGGUACUGCAGGCGAUGAAGGCGGACCGGAAGCGUUUGAAGGCGGAGAAAGCAGAUCUCGUCAACCAGAUGCAGCAGCUCUACGCCACGCUGGAGAGCCGAGAGGAGCAGUUAAGGGACUUCAUCCGCAACUACGAACAGCACAGAAAGGAGAGUGAGGAUGCGGUGAAGGUGCUGGCUAAGGAGAAGGACCUGUUGGAGAGGGAGAAGUGGGACCUGCGGCGGCAGACCAAGGAAUCCACGGAGCACGCCGGCGCCCUGCGCUCCCAACUGGACCUGAAGGAGAACAGGAUCAAGGAGCUGGAAGCCGAGUUGGCCAUGGCGAAACAGUCUUUAGUGACCCUGACCAAGGAUGUGCCCAAGCGGCACUCUCUGGCCAUGCCCACUGAGGUGGUUGUCAACGGCAACAACCAGGAGUGGGUGAUGCACGCGGACCUGCCCCUCACCGCAGCCAUCCGUCAGAGUCAGCAGACCCUCUACCACGUCCACACAGGCCACCCCACUGACAGACAGGUGGCUGCGGUCAGGGUGAGCCCGUGUCACUCCCGCCAGCCCUCCGUUAUCUCAGAUGCCUCGGCCAUGGAGGGUGACCGCUCAUCCACCCCCAGCGACAUCAACUCCCCUCGCCACCGGACACACUCCCUCUGCAAUUCACUAGAGGAUCUGGAGGACCAGAAGCGUAAGAAGAAGAAAGAGAAGAUGGGCCUGGGCUCUCUGUCACGUGUCUUCGCCCGGGGCAAGCAGCGCAAGUCAAUGGACCCGGGUCUAUUUGAUGGUACUUCAACUCCCGAUUAUUACAUAGAGGAAGAUGCAGACUGGUGAAAAGGUGGCAGAGAGUCCUACCUGUGUCCCUGAGUGGUGACGCGUACGGAUGUUUUCGUGUGUGUUUGGCCGUAUGUGUGGGUGUGUGUUUAGCCGUGUGUGUGCGUGUCCAUGGUUGGAGGCCAUGUGAGAGAAGCCUGAGGUGCAUCUUGCUUCGCUGAAGUGUAAAACAUUACAAGCAAAUUGCAUCUGUAUGUACAGUAUUGUAAAUAGUGGACAGUGUAACCACCCUUAGGGGAGAGUGGGGUAUGGUGAGAAUUUUUUUAAACAUUCAGCAUCACUACGUCAAGGGAAAUAUAGUAUUCUU